AUGAUGUCCAAGGCCUUUUCCGUGGCCACGGUGGCCCUUGCCGCCUCUUCUCUUGUCUCCGCCCAGACUUUCACUGCCUGCAACCCCCUGAAGAAGACCUGCCCUGCCGACCCUGCCUUCGGAGGCACGACGAGCUGUGACUUCACCAAGGGUGCUUGCAACACCUUCUCGCUGGCCGAUGGCACCAGCCUGAAGUACAACGGCCAGGGUGCCGUCUUCAGCAUCUCCAAGGACAGCGACGCCCCGACCAUCCACACCGGCAAGUACAUCUUCUUCGGCGAGGUCGAAGUCAAGGUUCAGGCCGCCCCCGGCAAGGGUAUCGUCACCAGCGCUGUUCUCCAGUCUGAUGAUCUCGAUGAGAUCGACUGGGAGUGGGUUGGCGGCGACAACACCCAGGUUCAGACCAACUACUUCAGCAAGGGUGAUACCAGCAGCUACGACCGUGGUGCCUUCCACGGCGUCGGCAACCCCACUGGCCAGGUUCACACUUACACCGUCAAGUGGACGUCUCAGGGCGUUUGGUGGUUCAUCGACGGCCAGCAGGUUCGCGAGUUGACGGCCGCCAACGCCAAGGGUGGUGCCGCUGCCCUUCCCCAGACGCCCAUGCAGAUCAAGCUCGGAACCUGGGUCGCCGGCCGCAAGGAUGCUCCUGAGGGCACUGUCCAGUGGGCCGGCGGCUACGCCGACUACUCCAAGGCUCCCUUCCUCGCCUACUACCAGAGCGUCAAGAUCGUCGACUAUGCCGGCAAGGACUCUCCCGCCAGCGGCGGUGUCAAGGAGUACGUCUACUCGGACAACACCGGCUCCUGGAAGAGCAUCAAGGUUGUCGGCGGCAGCGGCAACGAUGACACCAGCAGCACCACGAGCGUCGCCAGCACCACCAAGGCCACCAAGACCAGCUCCAAGACCACCGAGGCCUCGUCGACCGAGACGACGUCCAGCGCCGUCACCAAGACGUCCAGCGUCGAGUCCAAGACGACCCUGACCUCUGCCGUCUCCACUGCCUCCAAGACCGACUCUGGCUCGGGCAACGCCACUGCCUCCACCACCGGCGGCUCCAACACGUCGCCCGCCACUGGCUCCGCCACGCCCACGUCCGUCCCCAAGUCGGGCGCCGAGCGCGGCGUUGCCGCCGUCGGCAGCGUCCUGCUGGCCGGCGCCGGUGUCCUGGCCGCCCAGCUCCUGCUGUAA